AUGGAAGGUUCAAACAAUCCUAGUCAGGAAGUUGAAGAACUCGAGAGUGGUGAAGUUGAAAAACCAAAGCAGGGGAUGUGUUUUACUUCAAAGAAAGAAGUGUAUGCAUUUUAUGCAAAAUAUGCGAAGCACUUUGGAUUUGCUAUAGCUUAUGGAACACAAAAUUUUGCAAAAGUAAGAGGGAGUCUACAAAAGGAUGGAACAUUUAAGUUGACAACCAUUGUGCUGAAGCAUGCUCUCGACUUGGUUCCUAGUGACUCACGGUAUUUUGCAAUAAAUAAGAGAAUUCUAACUCCUGUGAAAAGAAGAUUAGAAAUAAACGAUGAGGCAGAGAUAGGGGUGGUUAGGAAUUUUCAUUUUAUGGUUGUUGAAGCGGGGGGAUUUGAGGCAUUAACAUUUGACGAACGAGAUGCAAUGAAUCACAUUGAGAAGGCUAGAAGAUUGAGGCUUGGAGUAGGAGAUGCCGAAUCAGUUGCAUUUUAUUUUCAUAGGAUGCAACAAAAAAAUUCAAACUUCUACUAUGAAAUGGACUUUGAUGGAGAAGGACGCUUGCGAAACUUAUUUUGGGCAGAUGCAAGGAGUAGGGCAGCUUAUAAAGCAUUUGGGGAUGUUGUCACAUUUGACACAACCUAUCUGACAAACAAAUAUGACAUGUCGUUUGCUUUGUUUGUAGGAGUUAAUCACCAUAGACAGUCUUUUGUUUGGUUGUGGGUUGUUAUGUAA